GGAAAUUAACGCUUUUCCCAGUUUCAGUCCAAGCAAUGGCCUCCUUGAAGAAAUCCAAUGAAGCAAAAGACGAUGAGAAGAAGAAGAAGAAGAAAACGACGGGCAGCUCCACCACAAAGCCCACCAGCAAAAUAGAGAAGAAGAAAACGAGCUCUACGAAAAAUUUAAGGAAGCCAAACCCUAAAACUUGCUCCAACAAGAAGAAUAAAGCCACCCAAAAUGGCACCGUUGAAGAUCCCGUUAUCGUUGAAGUUACACCUUCAAGCAGUGACUCAGAGAAAGAGAACGAGGAGGAGCAGAACCCGAAGAGUAAUGGAAAGAUCACGAAGAAUCCGCCAGCUAAGGUCACGAGCCCCAGGAAAAGAAGCAAGAAGGAAAGAGGCGGGGACGAGGGCAACGGUGCAGAGAAAGGGGAGGAGAAGAUAUGUAAAAUUCCUAUCAAUCGAACCAAGAGGAUAAUUAAGAGCGAGGAUCCUGAUUGUCUGAUUACUCAAGAGGCUCUUUUCCUGGUCAACAAAGCCACGGAGAUGCUGAUUGAGAAAUUUUGUGAAGAUGCUUAUAAGUGUUCUGUUGAGGAUCGCAAGAAAAAUCUACAUUACAAGCACCUAUCAUCAGUUGUAAGUAAAGAGACUAGAUAUGAAUUUCUUUCAGAUUUUGUUCCUGAAAAGGUAACGGCAGAAGAUGCAUUGGCACAGAGCAAAUUAGCUGAGAGAGGAGCUGGAUAGGACCUCUUUCUUCGGUAACCUGGAUAGAAGCUGAGAAACAUGAUACUGCAGACAAUAGUCUUUCCUUGGUGUAGAUUGAAUUGAAGAGCUAACAGAUCUUACUCUUAAUAGUGUCCAACCAUCGGGCACUGAUUGACCCGCCUCUUUGUAAUUGGAUUUUUUGAAUGUAUGGCUAAAGAAAUCAAAAUAGAUGUUAAAGAAAAAAAAACAAAUCGGAUGAAAAGGAGAGUUGCCUUUCACUUUAUUCUAAAUUAAAGUUACUGAUUUUCUUUCUA